CUAGUGGAGAGCCGAGGGUGGGUGGCUCAGCGGAAAAGACGAAACGCCAAUUUGGAAAACGCUCUGGUUUAUAUAAUUAAUUUGUUACCCAACCUGCUGAAAUGAACCAUAUCAAGUAAGAAAAGUGAGCGAUGACUGAGAAACUCCACGAAUAUCAGGGCUUUGUGGGUCGGUUGCACGCCAUCCGCGACAAUUUUUCGCAGGGCUUCGCGCCUUACAAAGAGCGGUACAAUGAGCGCGGGGGUGGUUUGGCCGGCCUUCGAGGGAUGUUCUCCGAACAACCCGACACAACGCACGACUUUUCGCACAUUUACAGACAAAAAACGAGAGGCGAGUUGGUGCGCAUUUCGGCAGCGGUGAUGGGCAUCGAGUUCGCGUACUCGGCCGAAACGGCGUUCGUGUCGCCGACGCUGCUGAAAAUCGGGGUCGCCCACCGGCACAUGACGCUGGUGUGGGGCCUCAGCCCCCUGAUCGGCUUCUUCCUCACGCCGGUGCUCGGUUCCUUGAGCGACCGGUGCAGCCUGCCGCUGGGCAGGAGGAGGCCCUUCAUCAUGGCCCUCUCGCUCGGCGUCUUUCUCGGCCUGUUGCUUGUGCCGAACGGCGAAGCUCUGGGCUACUGGUUCGGAGACACGCACGGCAUCGUGUACAACGCGUCAGUGCCGAUGGAAAAUUCAAAGCCUAUAACUCGGGAAUCGAUAACGGGGAGCCACCCUUGGGGAGUUCUCUUCACAGUUCUGGGCACGGUGAUGCUCGAUUUCGACGCCGACGCUUGUCAAAGUCCGGCCCGCGCCUACCUUCUGGACGUGACGCAGCCAGAGGACCACGCCCGAGGCCUCAGCACCUUCACCAUCAUGGCAGGUCUCGGCGGUUGCAUGGGGUAUGCGAUGGGAGGCAUCAACUGGGACGCCACCGCAAUCGGUGUCAUGCUGGGCGGCCACGUCAGAGCAGUUUUCACCCUGAUCACGUUCAUCUUCAUCGGCUGCGUCGCGGCUACGAUCACCAGCUUCAGAGAAAUUCCUCUUUACCUUUUAACUGAGCAAGAGACAAACUUCACCGAAACAAAAAAGGAGCCUCAACAACGAGCACCUUUGAUGCACCAAGCGAGUGUGAUGUCAUACGGAGCGACCGGAGUUCAAACAACUCAAUUUCAGGGCAAUGACGAAUAUGGCGAAGAAAUCUCUCAAGACCAGUACCCAAAUCACCCAGAUGGAGUUCCACCGAAUCCUGACGAAAACGGCGGAUUCCAAGAUAUCGAACCUCCAAUCGCAACUCAGGCGUCCCUGCGUCACUACCUGCUGUCCAUCGUCCACAUGCCCGGUUCGCUGCGAAUUUUGUGCGCCACCAAUUUGUUCUGCUGGAGCGCGCACGUUUGCUACUCGCUUUACUUCACCGACUUUGUCGGCGAGGCUGUUUUCGGGGGCGACCCACAGGCGGCUGAAGGUUCUGCGGAAAGAGAUCUGUACGAGGACGGCGUGCGUUUCGGCUGCUGGGGAAUGGCCAUGUAUUCGCUCUCGUGCGCAUGCUACUCCCUUCUUAUUGACAAACUUGUGCAGCGAUUCAGGGCAAAAAGAGUUUACGUCGGAGGACAGUUGGUUUAUUGCACUGGAAUGUCCCUCCUGGCGCUGACGAGACACAAGAUCGGAGUCAUCGUCUUUUCCUGGACAGCCGGGGUCAUGUACUCGACAUUGUUUACCAUGCCGUACCUCCUGGUCGCUCAUUAUCACGCCCAGAACACGUUCAGCGAAGAGGACCAACUGAUGAAGGAGGAGACGGUGCCGAUGGCCGCGGCGCACCCGCCACCGCCAACAGCACCGAAGCAACUGCGAGGUCUGGGCACGGACGUGGCCCUGGUGAGCAGCAUGGUGUUCCUCGCGCAGCUCCUGCUGUCCGCCUGCAUGGGCGCCAUCGUCAGCUGGGCCGGCACAACCACGGCGGUCGUUUGCGUGGCCUCGGUGCUCAGCUUUUGCGGCGCCAUUUGCGCCACGCAGGUGCUGUACCUCGAUCUCUGAGCCCAUCUCUCCUUGUUUCGUGUGUCCUAUUUAACAAAGUGUGUAGCUCGAGCAAAGAAAA